AUGGCGUUCACGAUCUUAUCAGAAGUGGAGACCCUCAUGACCGAGGUUCGGCCACCUUCCGGCACUUCCAACCCACGCGCCAGACCCCAGUGUGGUUCGAUUUCAUAUAAUAUCCAUCCUCGACAUGUCCCGAUCCAUCUGAAGCCAUUCUUCCCACCGAUACCCUACGCGCUCACCAUGACACUCCCGGCGCGCAUUUCCCUCCCCGUCGCGCUCCGACCAGCCAGGGGUGCUCUGACGACCCCACGGGUUUGCGCAACUCCCAGCCGAACGCUCACAUUUCCCGCCGCUCAGCCGCACUUCGCUCGACGCUUCCACGUAUCCACGAAUACCAAGCAGAGGCUCCGGUUGACAGGGAAUCAGAGCCAAUUGACGGGCCCCUAUAAUACUUCACCAUCACUGAAGGCAACUGAGAAUGAGACGGCGCUGCGAAAAGAGGUGGAGGAUUUGAAGGAGUUGGUUGCCAAGUUGCAGGAAGAGAGGGAACAACUUGUCGCGACAAAAGGAGGCAUCCCCAACACGAUCGAGCCCACUCUAGGAGAAAGAGAAUACAUCAGCCAGGACGCCCCCUUGUUCAGCGACGCCAAGUUGGACGCACAAUGGGUCAAGCUGAUUCCUGCCCCUGAGGCCGAAGACGCCAAGCUCAUGAUCCUCUCCCGUCUUUGGCUGCGCGAUUCUUGUAACUGCCCCAAGUGCUUGGAUCCAGAUUCGGGCCAAAAGACCUUUUCCACCACCGACCUGCCCGAAGUCCCAGCCACAAGCCGCGACAAUGUCCGCGUCCGUAGCGACGGCUCCCUCGAGAUCAUCUGGGAAAACGACCCCAUCAGCAACGGCGAGUCCCACCGCACCGUCCUCUCCGCCGGCAAGCUCAACCUCUUGUACCACAACAACAACCCCCGCAUCCAGCUCCAACCACCCAUCCCCCGAACCCUCUGGGACAACGCCUCCUACGCCGACCUAGUCCGCUCCGGGGCCUGUCACAUCGACUACAACGACUGGCGCAAUAACGAUGAAGCCUUCUGGACUGCCUUUGAGCAAUUCACCAAGACAGGGCUAAUCUUCCUCAAGAACGUCCCACAAGAAGAACACUCCGUCAUCAACAUCGCCAACCGCAUCGGUCCACUGCAGUACACCUUCUACGGCUGGACCUGGGACGUCAAGUCAAAACCACGCGCCGAGAACGUAGCUUACACCAACGUCUUUUUGGGUCUUCACCAAGACCUUAUGUACCACGAUCCUAUCCCCCGCUUGCAACUCCUCCACUGCCUAGCCAACAGCUGCGAAGGGGGCGAGUCCCUUUUUAGUGAUGGCGUCCACGCCGCACUUCAACUCUUAAACACCGACCCCGAGGCCUACGACAUCCUGACCAAAACCGACGUUCACUUUGGCUACGACAAGGGAGGACACCACUACUACGCCACCCGCAAGACGAUAGAAGCAGAUCCCAAUACCGGCGCACCGUUCAUCACCCACUGGGCGCCGCCGUUCCAAACGAGCUUUCCAGCCAAGGAUAAGAACAACCGGUUGCGGAGGUGGAGGGACGCAGCGGAGAAGUUUCAGAGGUUGCUGGAAAAGGAGGAGAAUAUGUACGAGGUCAAGAUGAAGCCAGGGGAGUGCGUAAUCUUUGACAACUCGAGGGUGCUGCAUGGGAGGAGGGAGUUUGAGACUUCUACUGGGAGCAGGUGGCUGAAGGGGACGUAUAUUACACCGCAGGUGUACAGAGCCAAGGAAACAGAGUUGGUGAGGAGGUUAAACAAGGGGAAGCCAUGGCCGGUAGACUCGACCGAGGAGAGGGGUAGGAUUUGGCAGUUGGAGAGGGAUAUGGUGAAGCAGAGGAAGAAGUAG